CAGCCACGGAGGAGGCGGCGGAGGCAGCUACGGCAGCGGCGGAGGAGGCGGGAGCUUCGCAGGCGCUGGAGGUUACGGCAGCGUAGGCUCCGGAGGCCAUGGAGGCGGAGGCGCGGGGGGCUACGGAGGCAGCAGCGGCGGCGGGUACGGAGGCGGGGGGUACGGAUUCUCAAGUGGAGGAGGACACGCAGGCAGCGGCAUCGGUGGGUACGGAUUCUCAAGUGGAGGAGGAGGUGGACACGCAGGCAGCGGCGGAGGCGGCCGAUACGGAGCCGGAGGCGCUGGAUACGGACUAUCAAGCGGAGGCGGAAGCUUCGGAGGAGGCGGACACGGCGGCGGCGGAGGUUACGCGGUCACGACGAUCUACCGAGGGAGCACAGGAGGCGGCCUUGGGGGAGGAGCCGCGAGGGGGCUCGCAGGAGGCGGCUACGGCGCAGGCGGCGGAGUCCACGUUACCGGAGGAGGCGGUUACGGGAAGUGAAGCCAGAAUAUAUUCAAUAAUUGUUCGCAAAGAAAUUAUAAGAAUAAUAUUGUGAGUAGGUUUAUAUAAAAAAACAUGUAUUUUUGUACUUUUAUUUUCUACUGAUGUUCCGU